AUGGCGGUAGGUAACAAUUUCGAUGCGCCCGCUUCGGUGUCGUUUCUCGUAAUUUACAUCUUAGUUUUCAUCUUAUCGACGAUUGGCAACACAUGGGUCUUGCUAACUUGCCACAAGACUUUAAGAAGAAGGCAUUCACCUUUCAUGUGGUUAUUGGUGAAUUUAGCGACGGCGGAUCUCCUGUUUACUCUCCUCUCCGUUUUUAACUCGAUCGGAUAUUUGUGGCGCUGGGUAGGUGGAAACAACACUUGUAAGCUACAAGGAUUCUUUGUUGAGGCGAGCUACACGACUUCCAUCAUGACACUUGUAACUAUUAGUUACCAAAGAUUAAAAGCUAUCACAGAUCCAUUUAAUGCCAGAGCAAGAGGCUGGUUCAACAGGGAAUAUCUUAAACCAGUUAUAAUUUGGGGAUUAAGCUUGCUGGUGUGCACCCCUUUGCUGCAUAUCUACGGCAUUAAAACGGUGGACGGCAACAAUGCUUGUAUAACUACGAGAGAUGGAGUUAUUGCCUCACAGAUUUACUACAGCUUGCAUACAACAAUAUUCUUUGCGGUCCCGUUGCUGUACAUGAUGUGUACCCAAAUCCGGAUAAAUAUCGCUCUUCGCACAAGCGUUUCACCAACAAGCAAAUUGUUCACUUCGCGAGCACAGAGACGACACAAAAAGGCUACAAAGACACUUGCUGCAUUAACUUUAGCAUUUGCGAUCUGUUGGUCCCCUUUUAUGGUUAAUCGAACGCUAAUCUACUUUCGUUUAGCACCACAAGGUCUCAUUUGGAGGGCGUCUCAACUUUUAAUCUUUCUUAAUACCGGAUUAGAUCCCUUGUUGUACGGAUUGUACGACGGAGAUUUAAAGUCUCUACUGCGAAGAGUUCUUCACAAGAACAAGGAUAACACAGUGAAAUCUCUCUACCGAAAUACUAUGGAGUGAAAGGUAUCUUUGAGAAUUUAACCAGCUGGACACGACUGUGUUUGCGGCAGCCACAAGGACACAAUUUUGGGUGGGGUCGUAAUUUUCCUCUACUGACCAACUUUGGAAUGCUCCAUGAUCUGCA